UCUCGGUCAUCUGACCUAAUGGCUCAUCAGCGAGUUCACACCAGGGAGCGGCCGUUCACCUGCUUGGACUACGGGAAGAGAUUCACUGAAUCAUCUAAGUUGAAGGUUAGAAAUUUGAAGGAAUUUGUCUACGGGGAUCUCAAACACAACUCACCAGUUUUGCUGUCUCUGUCCAGAUAUUUAAGAAGUGGAGCAAGGGAUUCAUUCAACCAGCCUUGCUGCUCAGAUUAUGGGCAGUGAUUCACUCGGUCAUCUGACCGACUGGCAUGCAUGCCAAUUUAAAAAAGGGGAGAGGAUGUUCUCCUGCUCAGACAGUGGGAAUGGAUUCAGUUGGUCAUCUCAAUUGAAGGUACAUCAGCAAGUUCACACUGGGACAAGGCCAUUCACCUGUUCUGUGUGUGAGAAGGGAUUCAGUCGAUCUUCCCACUUGUGGACUUACAGUCAUUUCACACUGGGCAGAGGCUGGUCAUCUGCUGAAUUUGUGGGGAAGGAUUCACUCGAUCAUCUGACCUAAUGGCUCAUCAGCAAAUUCACACCGGGGAGCGGCCGUUCACUUGCUCAGACUGUGGGAAGGGAUUCACUUUCUCAUCUAAACUGAAGAUACAUCAGCGAGUUCACACUGUGGAGAGGCCAUUCACCUGCUCUGACUGUGGGAAGGGAUUCACUCAGUCAUCUGGACUACUGGUACACCUGCGAGUUCACACAGGGGAGAGACCGUUCACCUGCUCAGACUGUGGGAAGAAAUUUACUCGGUCAUUUGAUCUCCAGGUACAUCACCGUGUUCAUACGGGGGAGAAACCGUUCACCUGUUCUGACUGUGGGAAGGGAUUCCAUGGACCACCUGACCUUAAUAGACACCAGCGAUUUCACACUGGGGAGAAGCCGAUCACUUGCCCAGUCUGUGGGAAAGGUUUCACUUUAUUAUCUGACCUACGGAGACACCAAUCAGUUCACACUGGGGAGAGGCCCUUCACCUGCUCAGUCUGUGGGAAGACAUUCAGUCAGUCAUCCGACCUACAAAGUCACAAACGAGUUCACACUGGGGAGACACCGUUCACCUGCUCAGACUGUGAGAAGACAUUCACUCGGUCAUCCCACCUACAGAGACACCAGCGAGUUCACACUGGAGAGAACCCAUUCACCUGCUCAGUCUGUGGGAAGGGAUUCACUUUCUCAUCUAAACUGAAGAUACAUCAGCGAGUUCACAGAGGGGAGAGACCAUUCACCUGCUCAGACUGUGGGAAGAGAUUUUCUCAGUCAUUUGAUCUCCAGGUACAUCACCGAGUUCAUAUGGGGGAGAGACCGUUCACCUGCUCAGACUGUAGGAAGGGAUUCCAUGGACCACCUGACCUUAAUAGACACCAGCGAUUUCACACUGGGGAGAAGCCGAUCACUUGCCCAGUCUGUGGGAAAGGUUUCACGUUAUUAUCUGACCUACGGAGACACCAAUCAGUUCACACUGGGGAGAGGCCGUUCACCUGCUCAGUCUGUGGGAAGACAUUCAGUCGGUCAUCCGACCCACAAAUUCACAAACGAGUUCACACUAGGGAGACGCCGUUCACCUGCUCAGACUGUGGGAAGAGAUUCACUCAGUCAUGCCACCUACAGAGACACCAGCGAGUUCACACCAGGGAGAAGCAAUUCACCUGCUCAGACUGUGGGAAGAGAUUCACUCAAUCAUCCCACUACAGAGUCACCAGAGUGUUCACACUGGCGAGAGGCCGUUCGCCUGUAGUAAAUGUGGGAAGGGUUUCACUCAGUUAUCUAACCUUGUGACACACUACCGGGUUCACACUGGGAGAAACUUUCAAUAAACUGCAUGCUGGAUAUUUGUCCAUCACCAUUGCUGAAUGCAAUUUUGAGAGUGACUGUCAGUGCUGAACUCUGCAAUUAUUGCUGCUGCUCACCACACCCAGUACUGCACCCUGGUCACUGGGCAUGGGAGGAGUUUCUUCUGCUCCACAUUCACCUUUAAUGGGACUGGAGUUUAAUAUUCUGGAUCUGAGACAAAUAAACCAGUUCUGUUUUGAACUUUGUCAUCAGUACUUAGUGAAUUUAUAACACACCUAGUGUACAGUAGAGAGUUAACUCAGGCCAGCUGAUCCUGCCAAUGAUUCAGUUCCAUGACGGUCCUUUUGAAUCUUCCCCUGUUCCCCUCUCGAUCUCUCUGUGGUGAUGAGUUCCAAACAGUCACCUCUCUGUAGGUGAAGACGUUUCCCUUGAAUUUCCUGCAGACGGAAGAAGUCGAGCUGACUGCAGUUCUGUCUGAGAUCUUCUUCACCCUUCAAAUCUCUGGGCUGAUGGAGAAUGGCAUUGGUAGUUAAUUUCCUUAUUCAUGGCUGAUUUUCACAUUAUGGGUCAUUUUCCUGCUCCUAAAAGGUUCUUAGAAAACACCA